AUGGAGGCUGAGUGUCAAGUCUGUCACCAGCGAUUCGCGCGCAGGGAGCAUCUUGAACGUCACCUUCGCCGCCAUUCCGGGAUUCGCCCUUUUCCGUGUCCAUCAUGUUCACGCUCUUUCUCCAGGAGGGACACCCUGGCUCGCCAUGUCACAACCCACGGUACCGGAGCCGAUGGGCUACUUGUACGUACCAGAGGGGCCAACGCCUGCUUACCGUGUUCUCGCGCCAAGCUGAAGUGCAGUGGCGGCGCCCCAUGUCACCGGUGCCAGAGUAAGGGUCGCAACUGUGUGUAUCGAGGCUCUGAUAAGCCCCCAGAGACUGCGCUGGUGAGCCCAAAUGGCGCCAAUAAUUUCGCUCCUCGUAGUAUCAUAGGCAACGAUACCACCGCCCUGGGCCAUUUGCCGCCUAAUCCGCAGUACAACCCAGUUUAUAUGCCUAGCGGCCGAGACGACAUGACCAGCAUUCCAGCUUCUGAUAGUGCGGUUCCCAUGUCUCCUGAUAUAGACCUCGGCUUUCCGUGGAUGCUUGACUAUGCAACCCUUUUUCAAGGGGGCAGUCUGGGCGACCAGCAGCCUCUUCUUGACCUAGCCACCCAGCUCCCAGAUGGACCACUUGCAUCAACCUCUAGCCUGGCAGACGUCCAAAGCCACAAUAUCGAUAUACCAGUUGUUUCUAACCAACAAGAGCAUUACCAGUCUCGUGUCUUGAACCCUAACCGAGCAUCGAUCAUGGAUGCGACAGACGACGAUAUAAUCAUAGCUGAAAACUUCUGCCAUGCCAUAGUUCCGCUGAAUAGGUCUUACCAAGCCAUUUUUGGACUCUUCAAGAGCCAGUUAGAUGUCCGCUUCAAGGACUUCUCGUUUCCCAGCCAGCCAGCGUUUAAGUCGUUUAUACAGUUGUAUUACGAAUACUUCGACUGUCAGCUGAGCUUCGUUCACCGAUCUGUACUGGAAGAACAGGACACCCCGUGGAUUCUUGUCCUGGCUGUGGCAUCUGUCGGAUGCCAGUAUACACAGUUGGCCAAACGGGAGCAGUAUUCUGCCAUUCUCACAGAGCUCCUGCGAUUGUCGCUGCCUCUCGAUACGCCUAUGGAAACGCCGCUAAUAAAGCUGCAGGGCCCCAAAGCGAGGAUAUAUGACACCGUAGUAUUAGCCCAGUGCUCAUUGCUUGCCAUUGUCAACUUCAUGUUUACCGGCUUCAAAGAUAAUGUGGUCAACUUGCAAAUCCAACGAGCAUGGCUCGCAACUUUAGUACGGCCGUUUCUUACCUCCCCCAAACCUAAGAGUUCAUUAUUAAGCCAAGAGGUCAACGGUCGCACCUCCAGCAACACCUGGGGUUCGUGGAUCCGUUCUGAGAUGGAAAGGAGAUUAGCAUACUGCUACCUAGUGGUUGACAGUUGGUGCUUCAUAUUUUUGGGACUUCCGGUGACCUUCACGGCAAAGGACUAUCAGCAAAUGCUUCCCUCUUCUGACAUAUUAUGGGGGGCGCAUAAUGCAGAUGAAUGGAGCGGUCAUAUGGCUCUAGAUGGACCACAACCAAAGAGUCUCAAGGAGCUCUUCACCAUGGACUCGGCGGCUUCAAUAGCUAGCGCAUCGCAGACAUCUGAAUUUGCCAAACUCUGCCAACACCUUAUGCUAUUUGUGGAAGAAAGGCGAGUUAUAGCAGCAAACCAGUCGUGCAUUCUCCAUGAUUUUAGUGACGAUACUCAGCACCGAAAUCCAUGUUCACAACAAUCGGCCUAUAGCAGCCUGGACUGGAGGUACAGAAUGUUGAUGCCCUCAAGCCCAACAGCCUCUUUGGGCAAGGGUGUCUCAGACACAAGGGAUACAUUCUUCCAUCUGCUGUUCAUUCUGAGACAUAUACCUCUGGAAAGCUUGUAUACAUAUUCUGGAUGGUAUGCUUCUAAAGAAGAUAUUUCCGGUGCAGAACUUUACCUUCGCACUUGGCUGCAAGACAACCCUGCACUCUCGAGGGAAUGUGUGUCGCAUGCAGGGGCUUUAAUAGGCAAAAUUCGGCUAUCCCUUACCAUGUCCUGCUACGACCCUUUCUGUCUCCUGAUAGCUGUAUUGUUUCUAUGGACCUUUGAAAAACUAAAGCCAGCCUUACCGGCGGCACUGAGACAAGCGUCACCGGGCAGCGGACCUGCAAUCAUCUUCAAGAUUGACCAAUGUCACGAGGAGGGCAUAAGAGAGCGAUGGAUUCGGGGUGACCCAGAAGUAUCAGUGCAUAUUACUGGUGUUGGUUUGCUAUCAAGUGCGGGAGGAACAAGGCGCCUGCUACAAGAGUACUUGCGCAUCAUAAGCCCCCAAACUGGUUGGCCUACGCUUCGCAGGGGCUUGAUAGCUUGUGGGUGUGACCUCAUCAAUGAAAUCGCCCCCAUAACGACUUCCCCGCACCGAGAUAACGAAACAUAG